AUGGCUAGAAGAAUGUCCCGGGGCCGUCAAAAGAUUGAGAAAGAGGGCGAUCGUUAUGCAACAUUCUCAAAACGACAUGUAUGGUUAUUUAAAAAGGCAAGUGAGCUAUGUACCCUUUGUGAUGUUGAUAUUGGGAUUAUCAUUCUCUCUCCAACUGAAAAACCAUUUUCGUUUUUUCAUCCUACUAUAGAAUUCGUUGUAAAUCGAUAUUAUCAUAAAGAAUCAUCUAACAAUUCUAGUGAUAUUUUUGAGACCUAUGUUCGAAGUAAAGUUAAUGCACUCAAUGAAACACUCGAUGACAUAAGUGAGAGAAUUGAAUUUGAAAAGAAACUAGAAGAACAUUUAAACGAAAUCGAACAAAAACACACCGUCAAAGAUUGCUGUGCUGCUUCCGUAGGAGACGAAAUUCGUUCUAUCCUGAGAAACGAUUGCUGGAUGCCUUUAGUACCGUUGAAGGCAGCAAAUUCAUUUUAA